AUGUCGGGCCUUGGAGAUGACACCAAAUCACAGACGCUCUGGACUAUGAACAACCAACUCGUCAAUAGCCCAGACGCGGAACAACCCCGGAAGUCUCAAGACCAGCCAUUAAACCGCGCUUGUGAAGCAUGCCGCAUUUCCAAAGUCCGAUGUCUUAUGAACCCGGACACAAGCUCGACGCAGUGCCAGCGAUGCGCCAAGGCGAACAGAACGUGUGUUUUCGCGCCGCCGGCUAAGAGAAGACAGAGAAAGAGAACAGACGUGAGAGUCACGGAGUUGGAGAAAGAGAUACAGCAGAUGCGAAGUCUUCUGAAGACCAACGCCAGAUCAUCGAACGAUGUUAGCGAACAGGAAUCCGGCGAUGAGGACUCGGACGAUCAAGGCCAUGUGAGAAAGAAGGAGACGCCUCCUAGCGUAUCGAGUCGCCCGAGUGUCACAACAUCAGCGUCAAUGGUCACAGCACCAAUCACAAAAGCCCCUACUGUCGACUCUACGUCUACUGGCGCGCCGACAGACUUCCUGGGGUCUUCUGAUAACGACAUUAUAGAUCGUGGUGUCAUCUCGGAAGAUCUCGCAGUCGAGCUCCUGAGCAUAUGGCGCACCGAGCUCGUCGCUGCAUGUCCAGGCAUCACGAUCCCCAAACAAUGGGACGUGUUCGAUCUCCGAGCAAACAAGCCUGCGCUCUUCCACGCAAUCAUGGCCGCGGCUGCGCACUCGAAAGGUUCUGCCCUGUCUGACAGACUACAUGAAGAAACCGUCCUUCUCUACGCACGUUCCGCCUUCAUCAAAGGCGAGAAGUCGGUUCAAGCUAUUCAGGCGCUCAUCGUCACAGUCACGUACUACUCACCAUCGAAAACACCAGGCCAGCUGCAAAUCUAUCAGUGGGUCAACAUGGCCGCGUCGAUGGCUCUGGAGUUGGGCUUGACAUCCAAACCUAGAACGCACGAGCAACUCCCCAAACGUGCGAUUCGGUCGCUCCAGAAGAUUUCUUCGCCCGAGGAGUUGCUCGAGCACUGCCGCACUAUCCUCUUACUCUACAUCAUCAGCGCAGGCUUCUCGAUGCGACUCAAACGACCUAACAUACUGCUAUUCAACAGUUGGAUGGAAGAGUGCUUCAACAUACUGGAAAAGUCGAAGCUCUUGGACGAUAAGAGAAUAGUGGCGUGGUUGAAACUCCAGAGGAUAGCCGACGAGGCAAAUACGGCCUUUGGCUUCGACGAUGCUAGCACAAGCUUCAGUCUCUCGGAGUUGCGAAUGCAAAUCAUACUGCGAAUCUUCGAUCGGCGGAUGCAAGACUGGAGAAAAGGGAUUCCAGACGACGUCAUGACGCUGAACUUACAGAUAGAGUACUACUCCGACAUGUUAUCGAUGUGGGAAUUCGGUAUGGACGGAGGUCGCUACGACGUCAUCGAAUUCCGCAACCGCCACAUCACCCUCCCCGCCCUAGACGACGACUGCGUGCAACCCGAAUCCCUCCUCUCGCGCUCCGCCCUCCAAAUCAACGCAACCACAAAAUGCAUCUCCGCCGCCCACACCAUCCUCGACUUCUUCAUCGCCGUUCCCGUCGACAAACUGCGCAAAUCUCCAAACGCCCUCUACGUCCGCGCCGUCUACUCACUCGUCACCCUCAUGAAAGCAGAAUACGCCGUUGGCACCGACGCGGAAAUGGGCGAGCUGCUCGAAAGCCAGAGCCUCAAAAGUCCGGGUGCCGAGUCAUUGGAACUUUCUGCUACAUGA